AUGCUGAAGCCAGCCGACCCCAGCGCCUCCGCCUUCCUAAAGGUGGACCCCUCGUACCUGCAGCACUGGCAACAGCUCUUCCCCCAAACGCAGCUCAAACCACCUUUACAACCGACCAAUAACAGCUCACCGGGCUCCACCUUAGCCCCGCCUCUCUCCUCCUUACCCGCCGACCGUCUAUCAAUCAAUGUCGAAACUCUCCGCUCGGCUCGUCUCCAUGGACACAUCCACCACGGCAACCAUGGCAACGCAAACUCCGCCUCCUCUGGCAUCUCCAGCUCCACAGCGGUGUCGCAGCUCAGUGUUGCCCCGCAGAUGGCGCUCUUUGGUCAGGCAUUAGCUCCCGUGUGUCUCCCAGAGCGACCGCCACAGCCCGGGGGAGGAGGCGGGGUCAGGGAGGACAUGAUUGUCGUGGAAACCAAUACACAAAACGGCGCCAAAGAAGGGUCCGGUGGCGUCAGCGUGGUGUCGUCCAGCGUAAAGAGCACUAGUGUUAGCAGCAGUAGCGCCGUUAGCUGUGGGGUUACUACCGGAGCGGAGGAAGGUGGCAAGAGCAGUUCGCUAAGGUUUAAGCUAACGUCAGAAGAGCUGGACUAUUACCUGUACGGACAGCAGCGCAUGGAAAUUAUUCCACUGAGCAACCACACGGGGGAGCCCAACAAUCGCUGUGACAUGUGCGCCGACAACAGGAAUGGCGAGUGUCCGAUGCACGGGCCCCUGCACUCUCUGCGCCGCCUGGUGGGCACGAGCAGUACUGCGGCUCCUGUGGCUCUGCCUGAUGUGCCCGACUGGCUCCGAGACCUGCCUCGAGAGGUCUGCCUCUGCACCAGCACUGUCCCGGGUCUGGGUUAUGGGAUCUGCGCGGCUCAGAGGAUUCCUCAGGGAACGUGGAUAGGUCCGUUUCAGGGCGUUCCUCUGCUCCUGGAAAAGAUCCACAGUGGAAUCCUGAGGAACUCCAGACAUCUCUGGGAGAUCUAUGACGCAGAGGGGACACUGCAGCACUUUAUCGACGGGAACGACCCGAGUAAGUCGAGCUGGAUGAGGUACAUCAGGUGUGCGCGCCACUGUGGGGAGCAGAACAUGAUGGUCGUACAGUACAGGUCGUGCAUCUUCUACAGAGCCUGCAUGGACAUCCCCAGAGGAACGGAGCUGCUCGUCUGGUACAACGACUCCUACACAUCCUUCUUCGGGAUCCCUUUGCAGUGCAUCGCUCAGGACGAGAACUUGAAUGUUCCAGCGUCUGUGGUGGAGGCGAUGUCUCGUCAGGACUCUCUGCAGCCCUUCUCCAAAGCUUCGAAGCCCUCCUCCUCUUCCUCCUCCUCCUCGUCUCCUCCUCUGCUCCUGCGCUCCAUGGUGUUCCCUCAGUCUCCCUCUCGGAGCUUCUCUCUCUUGGAUAAGGUGGGCUCCGCGGUGCCGUCCGAUUCGGGCUUCUCGGCUCUGGGUUCCAAGCACCAGCGCGUCCUGGCCAGCCCCACCUCCACCAGUCAGCUCAGCUCCGAGUUCAGCGACUGGCACCUGUGGAAGUGCGGCCAGUGCUUCAAGACCUUCACCCAGAGGAUCCUCCUGCAGAUGCACGUGUGCCCCCAGAACCCGGACAGGCCGUACCAGUGCGGUCACUGCUCUCAGUCGUUCUCUCAGCCGUCGGAGUUGAGGAACCACGUGGUCACUCACUCGUCUGACCGCCCCUUUAAGUGCGGAUACUGCGGCCGCGCCUUCGCCGGAGCCACCACCCUCAACAACCACAUCCGCACGCACACCGGAGAGAAACCCUUCAAAUGUGAGCGCUGUGAUCGGAGCUUCACUCAGGCCACUCAGCUGAGCCGUCACCAGCGCCUCCCCAAUGAGUGUAAACCAAUGAACGACAGCUCCGAGUCCAUCGAGGUCGACUGAACCAA